AUGGGGACACAGGUAAGUAAUAACUUAACAAGACUGUUUCAUGUUGUGAACUUAUGGCUAUCCAAAUUGUCAUAUUAAUGACAUUAUUUUAAAACUUCACUGUAAAUUCAGGGUCUAAUCACUGACAACAAUUGCAGUUUUCUGAUAACUUGCAUGGAUUUUCCCAGGAACCCCCCUCCUACAACAGCCAUAAUGGGAGGGGCAAGUCAACCAAAGAGAAGUUCCUUCCCAGAGCGGAGAUGGUCAGGUCCAAACUCAUCCAGAGCUUCUAUCUGCUGGACCAGUUACAGGAGGAGCAGAGAGGAAGCCCCAAAUACUGCACCAAUGAUGUUUUAGGUAGCCCACAGUAAUGACAUAGCUUCCUAUUUGGUCAGAAUUAGACCGGCCUCGAGUGUUUUGAGAUUAGAGGUGUUUGUCUGUGAAGAGAUUUGUGGAAGUAUGUUUACUUGAGAUGAUUACACACUACAACUGAUAGGCUCAACUGCUUAGACCUGAUGGUCCUGCUUGGCCUACACUUUACAACACAGGAAUACUGUGAUUUUAUCGUGUGAAUUGUUUUUAAGAAGACAUUGCUAAAUAACAAGGUUGCUUAUCGUGUGUGUGUGUCUGUCUGUCUCUCUCUGUGUGUGUGUGUGUGUGUGUGUGUGUGUGUGUGUGUGUGUGUGUGUGUGUGUGUGUGUGUGACAGACGAGGAGAACUACACCAGUCUGAUGGGGAAGGACACACACCAGCUGGUGCGCUUCGAGAUCUCCCCCCAGAGGGGCAGCACAAUCACCAUGGAACGCCGUCGCCAGGGACGACUGGAGAACCGCCAUGUCAACUAUCCGCCCUUGAACAUGUUUGCUCACUGGAUUCUAGAGAGUAUCCUUACACCCAGUCCUGAAUGGAAAACCAAAGCCUUGGGUUUUAGUUGUACUGGAAAUGUCAUGGAAUUGCAAUGACAUUUUUCAUUAUUAUUUUUUUUGGGGGGGGGGGGGGGGGGGGGUUCUACUAUGGUGAUGUAUUUGAGACUCAUGUAUGUAUUAUUUUAUUUUUGGUGGGCUCAAGAGUUUUCCAACGUUUUUCAUGAUUAUUCAUAGGAACAUUACAGGUGAACAAGUGUUGUCUCAAGAAAGAACUUUGCACAUAUUCCUUUCAAGUGUACUGUUUACUGUACACUGUAUGAUAUGCAACCUUGACAGAAUUCCUAAGGUAAAAUAUUUACGAAUAUCAUUAUCAUCCUCAUCAUUCUGAACACCAUUGUAUUGGAGAUACAAGCAGGUAAAACAUAUCAAAGUCUCUCAUAUCAAUUCACUGUCAAAUAAUCAUUAACAUUUGUAAAGCAUUUUAUCCCCACAUUUCCACUGCCGGGUCUAUGAGCUUUGACUGGAAUUUUUAACGCCAUAAGAUGUUUCACUACAUAGCUUGAAUGCCUACUAUAUUUCAAUGUCUGUUAGUGUUCCAGUCCUCCCUGUCAUAAUUAGCAACAAAGGACAUGGAAAGCAUGUUAUUUCCCUUAGAAAUGGGUGGUCAAUGUAAGUAACCUAAUUUAUGUUCCUCUAACUCCCCUGAAUACCACUGUCAUUCCGGCAAUAACUCUGUCAGGCCGGCUGGACUGUUGCACAUAAACGUCAUGUCAAAGAUGGACCUUCUUCAUUUCUGGGUGCAUGACACAAGCCCUGAUAUUCUGGUUCUCACAAAGACCUGGCUCAAUGGUUUGAUUCUGAAUAAGGACAUUGGAAUAGGUGAUUACAACAUCUUCAGGUGUGAUAUACUGAAAAAAGAGUGAGGGGUCGCUAUACAUGUGAAAUAAACACGUGGGAUCAUGUUCUCUAAAUGUCACUAUCCUCAAAAAGUUUGAGUGUUUGGUUAUAGAUGUGGCUUUAUGCCAAAAUACUCAUUUGUUUGUAGCAGGGAUUUACUGCCCUCCUGCUGCACUGGCGGAUGCUGUUGGUACUAUUUCUGAGUAUUUAAAACCUUUUAUGUAAUCUGAAUUAGUUAUGUUAGAAGAUUUUAACCUGGAUUGGCUUAACCCGGCCUCUGAUCAUUUGAAUAAUAUUUUUCUUGACUAUAACCUGACUCAACUAAUCUCCAAACCUACACAGAGUAAUGUAAGAAACCCAGCAAAGUCCUCGCUGAUUAACCAAAUUUUGACAAAUAGCUCCCACAAGUACUUAUCAAGUGGUGUUUUGCUAAUGACAUCAGUGAUCAUUGCACACAUUAGAGAUACUAAACAAAAAAACCUCUCUCCCCAAGUGUCUCUUCAAGAUACUGUAUGUUUUGCUCUGAGCUUUCCUCUAUCAGCUGCAUGCCUGAACCUGAACUGGCUCUAUAACUUUUUUAAUCUAUUUUUAUAUCUCUGGCAGACAAACUGACUCAGUAGCUGAUUGGCAGCAUUUCAGGCAAUUGAGAAAUAGAUACACCUUCUCAAUUAAGAACGCUCAAUCAAGCUACUUUGUAAAUUCUAUCUCAGACUCUGCUGAUGAUCCGUAAACAUUUUGAAAAACAGUGGAAUGUGGAAAUUCCUCUCCUUCCCUGCCUAAGCAAGUUGUGUCAGACUGGCGUCAUUACUGAGAGAAAAUGAGUUAAGUGAUGCUUUUAAUCUCAGCAGGCUUUUUAUUUGAAAGAAAUUGAGGUUUAACUGACCAGUGGUGGAAAAAGUACCCAAUUGUCAUACUUGAGUAAAAGUAAAGAUACCUUAAUAGAAAAUGUGUAAAAGUAAAAGUCACCCAGUAAAAUCCUACUUGAGUAAAAGUCUAAAAGUAUUUGGUUUUAAAUAUACUUAAGUAUCAAAAGUAAAUGUUAUUGCUAAAAUAGACUUAAGUAUCAAAAGUAAAAGUAUAAAUCAUUUCACAUUCCUUGAAUUAAGCAAACCAGAUGGCACCAUUUUCUUGUUUAUUUAAUUUACGGAUAGACAGGGGCACACUCCAACCCUUAGACAUAAUUUACAAAUGAAGCAUGUGUUUAGUGAGUCCUCCAGAUCAGAGGCAGUAGGGAUGACCAGGGAUGUUCUCUUGAUAAGUGUGUGAAUUAGACAUUUACAUUUUACAUUGACAUUUUAGUCAUUUAGCAGACACUCUUAUCCAGAGCGACUUACAGUUAGUGAGUGCAUACAUUUCCAUACUGGCCCCCCGUGGGAAAUGAACCCACAACCCUGGCGUUGCAAGCGCCAUGCUCUAUCAACUGAGCUACAGGGGACCUGUAGACAAUUUUCCUGUCCUGCUUAGCAUUCAAAAUGUAAUGAGUAAUGUAAUGUCAGGGAAAAUGUAUGGAGUAAAAAGUACAUAAUUUUCUUUAGGAAUGUACUGAAGUAAAAGUAUAAAGUUGUCAAAAAUACAAAUAGUAAAGUAAAGUACAGAUACCCAAAAAAACUACUUAAGUAGUACUUUCAAGUAUUUUUACUUAAGUACUUUACAUCACUGUAACUGACCCUGCUCAGUCGGUCGACUGCUCUCCCCUCUCCCAGCCUCCAGUUGGCUCGAUGGGAGAUCAGUCAACAUCUAGUGAAUCUUUGUUUUAAUUUCAACAACUUUCUACUUGAGAUGUGCUAGACGCCUUGUUUAAGGUUCAUGUUUAAAAAAAUCCACUGGGGCUGAUUUUCUUAAUCCUUUCUUGCUGCAUCUUUCUGCUACCCUGAUUGCAGAAUCAUUGAAAACAUUUUAACCUGACAAUUAUCUCAGGUGCUAUCCCUAGGGUUUGGAAGGCUGCCCAUGUGCAGCCUCUCAAAGGUGGGUGGUGACCCCUCCAACAUGAAUAACUAUCCCCCAAUCUCUAAACUAUUUUGCCUGGCAAUUAAAAAAAUUUUUUUUAAUCAACACUCAGCUUAGAACUUUCCUAGCUUCAAAAUCUAUUCUAAGGUCUGCAGAUGAUCUGUCUUUGCUUUAGCCAACUCAUUGCUUGUUGUUGGCUGGACUAGACGUAGACCUGGCAACCUGAUUAUUCUUUCUGCCCCAGAGGUGUUUGACAACAUGGACCCCAAGCUGGAGAUUGUGAAGCUGGUUCUGGAAAUGUUGGACUGGAGCAUCCUGGCCAUCUUCUUCCUGGAGAUCCUACUGAAGUGGUUGGACAACUUCUGGAACUUCUGGAAAAGCACCUGGAAUAUCUUUGAUUUUGCUGUUACCAUGCUGGUAAGAGUCAAACCAGCAAAGAAUUGAAUAGCGAGUUCUCUCGAUGUGAAUGUACUGUAGAUGUGAUGUAGAUAGAUAGAUACACAUAAAUAAAUACAUACAAACCUACAUAUAGGCCUAUGCAUUAUGUACAGUACCAGUCAAAAGUUUGGACACACCUACUCAUUUUUUCUUUCUUUUUACUAUUUUCUACAUUGUAGAAUAAUAGUGAAGACAUCAAAACUAUGAAAUAACACAUUUGGAAUCAUGUCGUAACCAAAUAAGUGUUAAACAAAUCAAAAUAUAUUUUAGAUUUUAGAUUCUUCAAAGUAGCGACCCUUUGCCUUGAUGACAGCUUAGCACACUCUUGGCAUACUCUAAAAACCUAUUGUUGAUUUGUCAUUAUGGGGUACUGUGUGUAGAUUGAUGGGGAAAAAACGAUGUAAUACAUUUUAGAAUAAGGUUGUAACUUAACAAAAUGCAGAAAAAGUCAAGGGGUCUGAAUACUUUCCGAAUGCACUGUACAGUGCCUUCAGAAAGUAUUCAAACCCCUUGACAUUUUCCGCAUUUUGUUGUGUUACAGCCUGAAUUUAAAAUUGAUUAAAUUGAGACUGUGUGUCACUGGCCUACACACGAUAUCCCAUCAUGUCAAAGUAGAAUUAUGUUUUUAGACAUUUUUUAAAAUUAAUAUAAAAUGAAAAGUAUUUAACCCCUUUGUUAUGGCAAGCCUAAAUAAGUUUAAGGAGUAAGAAUGUGCUUAACAAGUCACAUAAUAAGUUGCAUGGACUCACUCUGUGUGCAAUAAUAGUAUUUAACAUGAUUUUGGAAUGAACUCCUCAUCUAUGUACCCCACACAUACAAUUAUCUGUAAGGUCCCUCAGUCAAGCAGUGAAUUUUAAACACAGAUUCAACCACAAAGACCAGGGAGGUUUUCCAAUGCCUCGCAAAGAAGGGCACCUAUUGGUAGAUGGGUAAAAAAAAUAUAUAUAUAUAAUAUCCCUUUGAGCAUGGUGAAGUUAUUAAUUACACUUUGGAUGGUGUAUCAAUACACCCAGUCACUACAAAGAUACAGGCGUCCUUCCUAACUCAGUUGCCGGAGAGGAAUUAAACCACUCUGGGAUUUCACCAUGAGACCAAUAGUGACUUUAAAACAGUUACAGAGUUUAAUGGCUGUUAUAGGAGAAAACUGAGGAUGGAUCAACAGCAUAUACCAACCUAAUUGACAGAGUGAAAAGAAGGAAGCCUGUACAGAAUAAAAAUAUUCCAAAAUAUGCAUCCUGUUUGCAACAAUGCACUAAAGUAAUACUUCAAAAAUUGUGGCAAAGCAAUUAACCUUUUGUCCUGAAUACGAAGCGUUAUGUUUGGGGAAAAUCCAAUAUAACACAUUACUGAGUACCACUCUCCAUAUUUUCAAGCAUAGUGGUGGCUGCAUCAUGUUAUGGGUAUGCUUGUAAUCGUUAAGGACUGGGGAGUUUUUCAGAAUAAAAAAUUAACAGAAUGCUAGAGGAAUCCUAGAGGAAAACCUGGUUCAGUCUGCUUUCCAACAGACAAUGGGAGAUUAAUUCACCUUUCAGCAGGACAAUAUCCUAAAACACAAGCCCAAAUCUACACUGGAGUUGCUUACCAAGAAGACAGUGAAUGUGGCCGAGUUACAGUUUUGACUUAAAUCGGCUUGGAAAUCUAUGGCAAGACUUGAAAAUGGCUGUCUAGCAAUGAUCAACAACCAACUUGACAGAGCUUGAAUAUUUUUUUAAAUAAUAAUGGCAAAUAUUUUACAAUCCAGGUGUGCAAAGCUCUUAGAGACUUACCCAGAAAGACUUAUUGCUGCCAAGGGUGAUUCUAACAUGUAUUGACUCAGGGGUGUGAAUACAUAUGUACACUGCUCAAAAAAAUAAAGGGAACACUUAAACAACACAUCCUAGAUCUGAAUGAAUGAAAUAAUCUUAUUAUAUACUUUUUUCUUUACAUAGUUGAAUGUGCUGACAACAAAAUCACACAAAAAUUAUCAAUAGAAAUCAAAAUUAUCAACCCAUGGAGGUCUGGAUUUGGAGUCACCCUCAAAAUUAAAGUGGAAAACCACACUACAGGCUGAUCCAACUUUGAUGUAAUGUCCUUAAAACAAGUCAAAAUGAGGCUCAGUAGUGUGUGUGGCCUCCACGUGCCUGUAUGACCUCCCUACAACGCCUGGGCAUGCUCCUGAUGAGGUGGCAGAUGGUCUCCUGAGGGAUCUCCUCCCAGACCUGGACUAAAGCAUCUGCCAACUCCUGGACAGUCUGUGGUGCAACGUGGCGUUGGUGGAUGGAGCGAGACAUGAUGUCCCAGAUGUGCUCAAUUGGAUUCAGGUCUGGGGAACGGGCGGGACAGUCCAUAGCAUCAAUGCCUUCCUCUUGCAGGAACUGCUGACACACUCCAGCCACAUGAGGUCUAGCAUUGUCUUGCAUUAGGAGGAACCCAGGGCCAACCGCACCAGCAUAUGGUCUCACAAGGGGUCUGAGGAUCUCAUCUCGGUACCUAAUGGCAGUCAGGCUACCUCUGGUGAGCACAUGGAGGGCUGUGCAGACCCCCAAAGAAAUGCCACCCCACACCAUGACUGACCCACCGCCAAACCGGUCAUGCUGGAGGUGUUGCAGGCAGCAGAACGUUCUCCACGGCAUCUCCAGACUCUGUCACGUCUGUCACAUGUGCUCAGUGUGAACCUGCUUUCAUCUGUGAAGAGCACAGGGCGCCAGUGGCGAAUUUGCCAAUCUUGGUGUUCUCUGGCAAAUGCCAAACGUCCUGCACUGUGUUGGGCUGUAAGCACAACCCCCACCUGUAGACUUCGGGCCCUCAUACCACCCUCAUGGAGUCUGUUUCUGACCGUUUGAGCAGACACAUGCACAUUUGUGGCCUGCUGGAGGUCAUUUUGCAGGGCUCUGGCAGUGCUCCUCCUGCGCCUCCUUGCACAAAGGCGGAGGUAGCGGUCCUGCUGCUGGGUUGUUGCCCUCCUACGGCCUCCUCCACGUCUCCUGAUGUACUGGCCUGUCUCCUGGUAGCGCCUCCAUGCUCUGGACACUACGCUGACAGACACAGCAAACCUUCUUGCCACAGCUCGCAUUGAUGUGCCAUCCUGGAUGAGCUGCACUACCUGAGCCACUUGUGUGGGUUGUAGACUCCGUCUCAUGCUACCACUAGAGUGAAAGCACCGCCAGCAUUCAAAAGUGACCAAAACAUCAGCCAGGAAGCAUAGGAACUGAGAAGUGGUCUGUGGUCACCACCUGCAAAACCAGUCCUUUAUUGGGGGUGUCUUGCUAAUUGCCUAUAAUUUCCAGCUGUUGUCUAUUUAUUUGCACAACAGCAUGUGAAAUGUAUUGUCAAUCAGUGUUGCUUCCUAAGUGGACAGUUUGAUUUCACAGAAGUGUGAUUGACUUGGAGUUACAUUGUGUUGUUUAAGUGUUCCCUUUAUUUUUUUGAGCAGUGUAAAUUAUAUAUCUCUGUAUUUCAUUUUCAAUAAAUGUGCAACACUUUCUAAAAACAUGUUUUCACUUUGUCAUUAUGGUGUAUUUUGUGUAGAUGGGUGAGAAAAAAUAUAUAUUUAAUCCAUUUUGAAAUGUGGAAUCAGUUAAUGGGUAUGAAUACUUUCUGGAGGCACUGUACAUACAUACAUACAUACAUACAUACAUACAUACAUAGUAUUUGCAAUUCAUAGACAUUUAGAAAUACCUGGAGACGAUAGGCAUUGGCCGAUACAGAUGAACUGUUUGAAUGACAUUACUGCGGAAGUCCAAAUCCCAGUUACAGUACUCAAGUUACCUCUCUCCUCCCACAGUCUGUUAUACCAGAGAUCGUGAAGGUCUUCAAAGGGGUGGACACUGAUGACUUGGAGAUUGUGUCACUCCUGAAGAAGUUCCGUAUCCUCCGCUCCCUGAAAAUUAUCUCCAAGUUCAGGCAGAUUCGCCUUAUCGUGUUGGCCAUCUCCAAAGCUUUCAAGGUAGGGAACCAACCGUAGAAAUACAGUAUAGUUAUUAUUCUAUUUUUGUGGAUCCAACAGUUUUACACACCCACUGUAUUGGCGUCAUUGUGAAGUUAGAGACUGAGUGACAUAGACUUUGGGAGUAGGACAAACAUUAAUUACACAUUUCUCAAAGGUGCAUGUGCACAAAAAGGACUAUAAACCUUGUGCGCCAGUUUUCACGCAAAGGUUGGCAUUUAUCAAGUUGAACUUGACAGGAAAGUAUGAGUAUCUCAUGUACAGCUCAGCUCAUGCCUACACUCAAAUGCCUACACUAAAUGUCUUUGGAUAAGGUAUAUGUAAACGUCCGACUUCAACUGUAGGCCUAAAUCAUAAUCAUAUUGCAGGACGUCUCUCCUUUUCUGUUUAUUUCCGCUACACAACAAAUUAGGCUAACUUUUAUCCAUCGCUCAUUCAAUACCCAAGCUCGAAAGUAAAUAGUAAAUAAGUAAAUAGUAGCCUGUAUAUAGCCUUGUUACUGUAAUUUUAUUGUUGCUCUUUAAUGAUGUGUUAUUUUUCUUUUUUUCUUUUUUCUUUUUCUUUCUUUCUUUUUUACUUCAGUUUAUUUGAGUAAAUACUUUCUUAACACUUAUUUUUCUUAAAACUGCAUUGUUGGUUAAGGGCUUGUAAGUAAGCAUUUCACUGUAAGGUGUACACCCGUUGUAUUAAUAACAUUUGAUUUUAAAAUAAUUGUGUGAUAAGAGCGUGACAUCAUGGCCUGUAAUCUCAGAGUUUAUACCACGGCAGGAGAUAGAAACACAAUAAUGUAUUGAUAAACAAAAUAUUUUGUCUUUUGCAUAUAGAAAUGUGGACUGUAGCAUUUACUUUGACAUUUUUCGAAAGAACAAUCAAUCUUGCAGAAUGUGCAGCCAGUGUUUGGCACUCGCUAUAGAUGGCAUGCAUUUUUGGUUUGAAUAAGUCACUGCAAAAGAUUUAAACACUCUGCCCACGUCCGCUACAGAAAUGUGAUCAAAUCUGUCAUGGCCCAGUUCCAACAUCUCCAAAUCAUACAGCAAAUGAGGGCGUUUUUGUCACCAUAAAAGUUGAAUGAAUGGCAUUUUUCUAUUGGCAAAUGUCUAGUCACUCGAGAAUAAGAUGGAUGAGCUUCGUUCGAGAGUCUCCUAUUAUAGAGACUUGAAAAGCUGCAAUAUUAUAUGUCUUACAGAAACUUUGCUGGAGGAUGACGCUAUGCACGUAGUACUCGGUGGAUUCUCCAUGCAGCAGCAGGAUCUGACAGUGGCUUCGGGAAAUCGAAAGGAGGCGGAGUGUGUUUUUUCAUAAAUAACAACUGGUGUGCUGCUUCAAGUGUAAAGGAAAUCUCAAGCUUUUGCUUACCUGAUAUAGAAUACCGCAUGGUAAGCUGCAGAACCUUUUAUCUACCAAGAGAGUUCUCAUCCGUAAUUAUCACGGCCGUCUACAUUCCUCCACAGGCCAACACCACUCUGGCACGCAACAAACUGUAUGGGGCCAUAAACUCGUGCGUGCAUACAUUUUUUUGUGUAUGGGUGGUCCCGGGGUUCGAACCCACUACCUUGGCGUUACAAGCGCCGUGCUCUACCAGCUGAGCUACAGAGGACCACUGUAAGUCGCUUUGGAUAAAAGCGUCUGCUAAAUGGCAUAUUAUUAUUAUUAUUAUUAUUAUAAACAAACAAGAAACCGCUCACCCAGAAGCAGUGUUUCUGGUGGGCGGAGACUUUAACACGGGGAGACUUAAAACCGUCCUACCUCACUUCUACCAACACGUCUCUUGCACCACUAGAGGCGCUAAAACUCUAGACCACUUUUAUUCUGUCCACAGAAACGCAUACAAGGCCCUCACUCGUCUUCCCUUCCGCAAAUCUGACCAUGACUCCAUUCUCCUGCUUCCUGUUUACAAACAAAUACUCAAAUAGGAAGUACCAGUGAUGCACUCAAUACAGAAGUGGUCGGACGAAGUAGACGCGAGGCUACAAGACUGUUUUACUAGUACAGACUGGGAUAUGUUCCGGGAUUCAACCGAUAACAUUGAGGAGUUUACCACAACAGUCACGUGCUUCAUCAAUAAGUGCAUAGACAAUGUCGUCCCCACAGCGACUAUAAGAACGUAUCCAAACCAAAAACCAUGGAUUACAGGCAAUAUCCGUGCUGAGCUAAAGGCUAGAGCUACCGCUUAUAAGGAACGGGACACAGACAUGGACGCAUACAAGAAAUAUAGGAGGAAGGUGUAAUCCUAUUACACCGGCUAUGACGCUCGUCGUAUGUGGCAGGGCUUGCAGACGAUAACGGAUUACAAAGGGUAACCCAGCCAUGAGUUGCCCAGCAAUGCAGAACUCCCAAACGAGCUAAAUGCCUUUUAUGCUCGCUUCGAGGAAUAUAAUACUGUGCCUUGCGUGAAAGCCCUGUUUUUCCCAGAUGACUGUGUGAUCUCGUUCUCUGUGGCCGAUGUGAGCAAAACGUUUAAACAAGUUAACAAUCACAAGGCUGCCGGGCCAGAUGGAAUACCAGGGCGCGUUCUCAAAGCACGCGCAGACCAGGUGUCUUAACAGACAUUUUGAAUCUCUCCCUGUCUCAGUCUGUAAUCCCAACAUGUUUCAAGCUGACCACUAUUGUCUCUGUUCCCAAGAGCUCCAAGGUACCCUGCCUAAAUGACUAUCGCCCUGUAGCACUCACAUCUGUGCUUUGAAAGGCUGGUUAUGACACACAUCAAAACGAUCAUCCCAGACACCCUAGACCCACUCCAAUACGCAUACCGCCCCAACAGAUCCACAGAUGACAGAAUCUCAAUUGCACUUCAUACUGCCCUCUCUCACCUGGACAAGAGGGGAAAUAACUAUGUGAGAAUGCUGUUCAUAGACUACAGCUCAGCGUUCAAUACCAUAGUCCUCUCCAAGCUCAUCACCAAGCUAGGGACCCUGUGACUGAAUCCCUCCCUCUGCAACUGGAUCCUGGACUUCCUGACGGGCUGACCCCAGGUGGUGAGGUUAGGCAACAUCACCUCCGCCACACUGACCCUUAACACAGGGGCCCCACAGGGUCCCCUCCUGUACUCCCUGUUCACCCACAACUGCGUGGCUGCACACGACUCCAACACCAUCAUCAAGUUUGCUGACGACACGACGGUGGUAGGCCUGAUAACCGACGGCGAUGAGUCAGCCUACAGGUCAGAGAUUUAGCAGUGUGGUGCCAGGACAACAACCUCUCCCUCAACAUCUGUAAGACCAAGGAGCUGAUUUUGACUAUAGGAGAAAGAGUGGAGAGCACGCCCCCAUCCACAUCGACAGGGCUGUUGUGGAGCGGGUCGAGAGCUUCAAGUUCCUUGGUGUCCAAAUCUUGACUGGCUGCAUUACCGCUUGGUAUGGCAAUUGUAUCGCCCUUGACCGCAAAGUGCUACAGAGGGUAGUGCGGACAGCCCAGUACAUCACUGGGGCCGAGCUCCCCGCCAUCCAGGACCUUUAUAUGCCCAAAAAAUGUACAACGAGUCAGGCCACCCAAGCUAUAGACUGUUCACUCUGCUACCGUCCGGCAAACAGUACUGGAGCAUCGGCUCUCGGACCAACAGGCUCUGAGACAGUUCCUACCCCCAGACCAUAAGACUGCUAAAUAGCCAGAUUGCUAAAUAGUCAAUUAACUAUCUGCACUGACUCUGUCUUGCACUGACCCUACGCACACUCACUAGACUUUAUACAGUGCAUUCGGAAAGUAUUCAGACCCUUUGACUUUUUCCACAUUUUGUUAAGUUACAGCCUUAUUCUAAAAUGGAUUAAAUAUCACAUAAUGACAAAGCAAAAACUGUUUUCUUGAAAUAUGUGCAUAUUUAUGAAAAAUAAAAUGGAGCAGGUUUUCAUCAAGGAUCUCUCUGUACUUUGCUCUGUUCAACUUUCCCUCGAUCCUGACUAGUCCCCCAGUCCCUACCGCUGAAAAACAUCCCCACAGCAUGAUGCUGCCACCACCAUACUUCACCGUAGGGAUGGUGCCAGGUUUCCUCCAGACGUGACGCUUGGCAUUCAGGCCAAAGAGUUCAAUCUUGGUUUCAUCAGACCAGAGAAUCUUGUUUCUCAUGGUCUGAGAGUCCUUUAGGUGCCUUUUGGCAAACUCCAAGCGGGCUGUCAUGUGCCUUUUACUGAGGAGUGGCUUUCGUCUGGCCACUCUACCAUAAAGGCCUGAUUGGUGGAGUGCUGCAGAGAUGGUUGUCCUUCUGGAAGGUUCUCCCAUCUCCACAGAGGAACUCUGGAGCUCUGUCAGAGUGACCAUCGGGUUCUUGGUCACCUCCCUGACCAAGGCCCUUCUCCACUGAUUGCUCGGUUUGGCCGGGCGGCCAGCUCUAGAAAGAGUCUUGGUGGUUCCAAACUUCUUCCAUUUAAGAAUGAUGGAGGCCGCUGUGUUCUUGGGGACCUUCAAUACUGCAGACAUUUUUUGGUACCCUUCCCCAGAUCUGUGCCUCGACACAAUCCUGUCUCGGAGCUCUACAGACAAUUCCUUCGACCUCAUGGCUUGGUUUUUGCUCUGACAUGCACUGUCAACUGUGGGACCUUAUAUAGACAGGUGUGUGCCUUUCCAAAUCAUGUCCAAUCAAUUGAAUUUACCACAGGUGGACUCCAAUCAAAUUGUAGAAUCAUCUCAAGGGUGAUCAAUGGAAACAGGAUGCACCUGAGCUCAAUUUAGUGUCUCAUAGAAAAGGGUCUGAAUACUUUAGUAAAUAAGGUAUUUCUGUUUCUUAUUUGUAAUACAUUCGCAAAAAUUCUAAAAACCUGUUUUUGCACUGUUAUUAUGGGGUAUUGUGUGUAGAUUGAUGAGGAAUAAAGUGUAUUUAAUCAAUUUUAGAAUAAGGAUGUAACAUAACAAAAUGUGGAAAACAUCAAGAGGUCUGAAAGCACUGUACAUACCAUAUGCACACACUACGCUGUCACUCCCACACAAAACCCUCACAUAUUCACAUACGCACACACACACACACACAUUCCGACACAACACAAACACACAUACAUACACACACGCAUACUCACACACUUUAACAAUCAUCAUUUGCUACUUCUACUCUAUUUUACUCGUAUUAUUGUCUAUCUGGAUGCCUAGUCACUUUACCUUGCCUUCAUGUACAUACACUAUAUAUACAAAAGUAUGUGGACACCCCUUGAAAUUAGUGGAUUCAGCUAUUUCAGUCACACCCAUUGCUGACAUGGGUAUAAAAUCAAGCAUACAGCCAUGACAUUUCCAUAGACAAACAUUGGCAGUAGAAUGGCCUUACUGAAGAGCUCAGUGACAUUCAACGUGGUACCAUCAUAGGAUGCUUCCUUUCCAACAAGUCAGUUCGUCAAAUUUCUGCCCUGCUAGAGCUGCCCCGGUCAACUGUAAGUGCUGUUAUUGUGAAGUGGAAACAUCUAGGAGCAACAACGGCUCAGCCACGAAGUGGUAGGCCACACAAGCUCACAGAACCGAACCGCUGAGUUCUGAAACGUGUAACGUGUAAAAAUUGUCUGUCCUCGGUUGCAACACUCACUACCAAGUUCCAAACUGCCUCUGGAAGCAACGUCAGCACAAGAACUGUUCGUCUGGAGCUUCAUGAAAUGGGUUUCCAUGGCCGAGCAGCCGCACACAAGCCUAAAAUCACCAUGUGCAAUGCCAAGUGUCAGCUGGAAUGGUGUAAAGCUCGCCGCCAUUGGAAACGCAUUCUCUGGAGUGAUGAAUCACGCUUCAUCAUCUGGCAGUCCGACGGACAAAUCUGGGUUUGGCAGAUGCCAGGAGAACGCUACCUGCCCCAAUGCAUAGUGCCAACUGUAAAGUUUGGUGGAGGAGGAAUAAUGGUCUGGGACUGUUUUUCAUGGUUCGGGCUAGGUCCCGUAGUUCCAGUGAAGGGAAAUCUUAACGCUACAGCAUACAAUUACAUUCUAGACGAUUCUGUGCUCCCAACUUUGUGGUAACAGUUCGGGGAAGGCCGUUUCGUGUUUCAGCAUGACAAUGCCCCGUGCACAAAGCGAGGUCCAUACAGAAAUGGUUUGUCGAGAUCAGUGGGGAAGAACUUGACUGGCCUGCACAGAGCCCUGACCUCAACCCCAUCGAACACCUUUGGUUCCUCUGAAUUGGAACACAGACUGCGAGCCAGGCCUAAUCGCCCAACAUCAGUGCCCAACCUCACUAAUGCUCUUGUGGCUGAAUGUAAGCAAGUCCCCGCAGCAAUGUUCCAACAUCUAGUGGAAAGCCUUCCCAGAAGAGUGGAUGAUGUUAUAGCAGCAAAGGGGAGACCAGCUCCAUAUUAAUGCCCAUGAUUUUGGAAUGAGAUGUUCGACAAGCAGGUGUCCACAUACUUUUGGUAAUGUAGUGUAUUUACCUCAAAUACCUCAUACCUCUGCACAUUGAUCUGGUACUGGUACUCCCUGUAUAUAGCUCCAUUCUUGUGUAUUUUAUUUUAUUCCUCGUGUUAUUUACAAAAAAAAAUUGUAUAUAUUUUUUUUCAACUGUCGUUUGGAAAGGUUCAUAAGCAAGCAUUUCACUGUAAAUUCUAUACCAGUUGAAUUCGGCGCAUGUGAUACAUUUGAUUUGAUUAGUCCUACCCAUAUAUAUGUGUGGUCCUUUUGUGACCUCAUGGAACAUAUAAAUUGUCCCACUGUUAUGUAGUGCCUUUAUUCUAAUCUACUGAAAGAUGAUAUCCCUGUGUGUUUACAGGCUAUGACCUUCAUCUUCUUACUGCUGCUGGUGUUUGCUUAUAUCUUCGCUGUGGUUGGAGUCAUCCUGUUCGAGAGUUACACUCGCUCCAACGUCGAGGGCCUGGUCUACAAUAUGAACUUUAAGUGUGUGACAUUUACUCUUAUAUGAAAGAUAGAUUUCUUUGGAAGUAUUUAACAGUAGUAUUUUUCUCAUUCUCAGUUAUGAGAAGAGAAUAUGAUAUUAAUGUGAUACAACAGUUGUCAUUGAGAAACAUUACAUUUUCUCACACAUUUUAAGAGGCCUUCAAGGGUAGAAUGCAAACUCUUGAUAUUACAUUACAGAUAAGGUUAGAGUCCAACCAGUCAGAAUCAAUUUCCGUUAAGGAACAAAACCUACAGUCAUGUUACAUCUUUGAAGAUUUUUAUGAACUUUAAUUUUCUCCCAGAGAUAUCUACAACUCCUUCAUCACCCUCUUCAUCCUCUUCACCAUGGAUCACUGGUACGCUCUGCUCGCCGACACCCGCAAAGUUCCAGAACUGGACGAAGCCACCUGUGGCCUGUACAUCAUCCUCUGGCUCCUCAUAGGCUCCUUCGUAUUCCGCAAUAUCUUUGUGGGUAUUAUGGGUAGGUACUUCCCCGUAAUGCUUUGAUAAAGAGCAUCUAUUUCAUCUUCUUUUGUAAUAUUCUCAGACUUGACUGUUUGUGGAUCUUUAUCUUUUAUCUAGAUAUUUCACAUUAAAAUGGAAAUGAAAUGUGUUCUAACUUUGAGGGCCAGUUUGAUAUAAAAUGGUUUUAAAUCAUACUAUUCCAAAGUCCAUACUACUUGCAUAAAUACUACUGGGCAUGCAGUCUAAGUGGUAUGCUAAUGUUAUAUUGCUCAGAUUUUCCUUUUUGUCCAUCCAGUGAAUAACUUCCAGGCCAUCCGGAGUGACCUCUCUAAAGAGGUACAGCAGAUCGAGAUCCAGGCCAAAGCUGAUCUCUUUAAAGCUGAGAUCAUAAACAGGUGAGUGUGGAGAUGUUCUAUUGGACUCUUCAGACCGGUGUGAUUGGCUAAUAAGAUGUAGAGUUCCAGUAAAGAAAUGAAACCGCAUUAUCUUUUUCAAGAUAUAAUGUCUUUGAUGUUGAUGUUCGCCAUUACAUUCUGGGCCAAUAUGUGAGAUCUAGAGUUAUAGUAGAAGAAACUAAGCAAUAUAUUACCUUUGUUUAGAUAGAAUAUGUUGAUGUCAUUGAAAUGUCUUUUGACAAAUACCUUGAAAAAUGUAUGUUUUUGCUUUUCUUUUUGUAGGAGGAUAAGUCAUUCGAAAUUUGGCAGGUAAGACCGUUUCUAAUACCCUUUAAUGUACGUUCUCGUCCCUGUCAUAUCGUAAAAUGUAUAAAACAAUUUGAUGUCGACACAAUUUAAUUAAUUUAAUUUAAAUUCCCAAUUGAAAAAAGUUCAAAUUAGGUCUAAUAUAUUCAUAUACAUUUAGGCUGAGCACAGUGGAAGAGGGUGGUGAAGAGUCAUUUUCCACUGAGGAUCUACUAAAGUUUACAAGAUCUAAUAUUCCAGAAAAAGGUGGGUUCUUUUCAACCGCAAAGUGCAAAACCUAACCACCAUUGGGACACAGUAAUAUACUCAUCAUACAUUGAAUAGGGACCAUUUCCUUGUGAUCCUAGAAUGAGACAAAAUAGCAAUUUAUUUUGUCACAGAAUAAAGAACAUUCUAAGAACCCUAUGUUUCUUAGAGCUGAGUGUGUGGUUGUCCUAUGGUUAUUUUCAUACAACCUUCCCACAACUUUCUGUGAAUGGUGCAGUAUAGUUGCUUGGCUUUGGAACAUUCUCAGCACAUUUAAGGAACUUGACAAAAAAACGAUUUCUUACUUUAACAGAACGUUUCCUAAAGUUCACACAUGGUUACAUUUAAUUACAUUUUUAAUAAUAUUUCUUAGAACAUUCUACAAAUGGUUUGACAUUGGGAAUGUUCUCAAAUUGUUCAGAGAAAUUUAAGAAACAACGAACUUCUGUGGGAAUUUCAGUACAGAAUAUUCUACACAAGUUCCCAUGUGGUUCUGUUUAAUGUCAUAUUUUGACUACAUUCUGUGAACAUUCUUAAAAAUGGUGUAACUUAAGCAAUGUUCUCAAAACUUUCAGAGUCUGUUCUUGGCAAUAUUCUAGGAAUGUUCAAAAAAAUGGAAUUCUAAAUGUUACCAGAACAUUAACAUCAAUAAGCUCUAAAUUCCGUUCUCAGAACAUUUAGAAAACUUUCCAGAAAAACCACAAAAACGUAAGUAACUUUCAGAGAAUGUUCUAAGAAUGUUAUUUACAUAUACAUUCCAUUCUCAGCGUCAACAAAACUCUCUAAUCCUCUAUCUUGUUAAGCGUGUGCAAGAUCAAACCUACUGUAAUCUUAAGCAAACUUUCAAUAAUAACAUAACAACUUUCAUAACAUUUAGAGAAUGUUCUCAGAAUGUUAUUUGAUUACCAUCAAAUAAACAAUAAUUUCUGUUCUCAGAGUUAACAUAACCUCUCAGAAACUCGAGUAAAAUGUUCUCAGAAUCUCCCUGCAACAAAAAAAAUAAAAGUUCCCAGAACAGUCUGGAAUGUUUGGUUUUGUUCUAAGAAUGUUUAAAAAAAACGUUCAGUUUAACCGGUCAGGAAACUUAGGGCUCCAUUCCUGGAAACCAAUCUGAAACCAAAAACACACGUUCCCACAACUUCCAGGGAACCAAAUGUGCUAGCUGGGCUGUGUGCCAAAAUGUUGGUGAUACCCAAUAAAUCAUAGGGAGUACAUUUGGAGUGUGCGAUGAUAUUUGAUACAGUACAUCAACUCUGUUAAGAAUUACAGUGAACAUACCAACAUGCCCUGGACACUGAGAUCUCAUUACUAUGAUGCAAUCUAAAAGAGUAGUCUGAACCAUCUGGGUCAUCAUAGGGCACCAAACAUAAAACACACUGAAACAAAGAGCAUCUACCUGGACUCCUUUUCUGCUGCAAACAGUUUUACAGCAUUUUCUGUUUCAUGCCCUAAUUAACUGGUUUCCUCCUAUUCCCCCCUCUGUUAGACUGGGAGUCGUACGUGGAGGAGAACAUGAAGGUGAUGCAGGAGCAGGAGGAGGACGAGAAGGUCACCUGGCCACGGGACUCCCUUUUCAGGUACUUUGAGCUGCUGGAGAUGCUGCAGCACAACCUGGACGAGAGGAAGAGGCUGCAGAACUUAGCAGGUAAGGAAUCACACAGAGUGGUAGUAGUCCCCUACCGGACUGUAUUUAAAUGGGGAAGAGACUGGGGUCAGGUUAGGGCUGCAUCUCAAUAGUCAUAAGUGGCUUCCUUAAUAUCCUUGUUUCCUUUCCUAAAUCUGCACUGAUCAGUGAGAACAGAGCUUCCUCUUCAUAUACGGACUACGUGCUGCACGUAAGGCCCUGCGGCCACUAGGGGGCCCCAUUGAUUUUGUUAGUCACUCUCACACAGAUAUCAUGUGAACAUGGCAUGAGUCAUGGCAAUAUGUGUAGAAUUGCAGGAAAUUUGCUUUAAAACUGCCACACUUUCUCUAUACCCCAUGGCAAAAUGUGUAGAAUUGCAGGAAUUGAACUGCCAAGAGGGGGGGGGCACUAAAAGGUUUUGCUCGUGAGGUGGGGGCCCCCCCGACCAAAUCUCUCUUAGGGCCCCCAGAAGGCUAGAGGUGGCACUGAGUGCAGAUGAAGGAGAUGAGAUAGGGAGAGGAAACCACUUCAGACUAUGCACUUUGCAAUAGUCUUGAUAGCCGAGACUAGUAGAAAUGAGUCUGAACUAUUGUGACAACAGCUCCCUUCUGAAUAGGUUUCUUGUGUUUGUGUCAGGUGCCUUAAUCAUGUAAUAAGUAUGCCUCAUUUUAUAACCUCAUUGUGAAGUACAUAGAUAUUAAUAGACACAGUAGACCUACAGUAUGUUUGAGUCAAGAUGUUUUCUCUCUCUCUCUCUCUCUCUCUCUCUCUCUCUCUCUCUCUCUCUCUCUCUCUCUCUCUCUCUCUCUCUCUCUCUCUCUCUCUCUCUCUCUCUCUACUCUCUUUCUGUCUUCUCUGACACAGUUCAGGCUUUGCUAAACCUGCACGACUCAUAA